AUGGAGAACUUGAUGUCGCCGAUGGACAUGCUCCGGGACACCUCUCCCUUGGAUGCCCCGCAGCUCACCAUCUCGCCCUCAGACACAUCGCUUGAUGCGUCAUCGCCCGCCGAGAUCAAGGUGGAAACGACAACCGCAGAAGAAAAGAAGCCUGUCAAGAAGAGGAAAUCUUGGGGCCAGGAACUUCCUACCCCAAAGACCAACCUACCUCCAAGAAAACGAGCAAAAACCGAAGAUGAAAAAGAACAACGACGUAUUGAACGCGUUCUCCGAAACAGAGCCGCGGCACAAACAUCGAGAGAACGAAAGCGUCUCGAGGUGGAGAAGCUGGAAGGCGAGAAACAACGAAUGGAACAACAGAAUCAGUUCUUGUUGCAGCGACUCGCGCAGAUGGAGGCGGAAAACAACCGCCUGAAUCUCCAAGUAGCGCAACUGUCCGCUGAGAUCCGUGGUUCCCGCGGUACCACCCCGAUGACCGCGAUCGAUACCGCCUCUCCCACACUUACUCCCACCUUGUUUAAAAGCGAGCGUCAAGACUUCUCGAUGGACAAGAUCCCCUUCCCCACCCCUUCCAUAUCCGACUACUCCCCGAGCCUCAAGCUGGAAGAUCUGGCUGAAUCCGCCGACAUGACACAACAUCCUGCAGCGGUGUUGUGCGACCUGCAGUGUCAGUCGAAGGAUUCGAAGGAUCUUCCGCAGGCAAUCCACUAUUCGUCGACUUGGAACCACCAUCAAUGGCAGCAAAUGGCGCUGCUACAGCUCCUCUUACUGACGAUGACUUCCGCCGCCUAUUCAACAGUGAUUCUCCCUCUGAGUCAGAUCCUGAACUCAAUGAAAGCGGGCUCCCCUUUGACCUUCUCGACGGAGGAGAUGUAUCGGCAUUUGCCUUUGAUUCAUUGGUUGAUUUCGACCCCGACCCUGUCGUCGGCUUCGAUGACCUCGUCGACUCAUCGAUCGGUCUUUCGAAUGAGAGUGCUCACUCGACUUCUAGCAUGCAGCCCAGCCUUGGCGCGUCCACUUCGCGAUGCGACGGGCAAAGCAUUGCAGCUAGCGGUUGAAGCAACUCUUCGCCAGACCGUUUCGGGAAAUGAUGAUGUUGUCGAGACGACGCUCAGUUGGGAGUCGUUAUUGACUAUGGCCUGGGCGAUUGACUCGAUACAGUCCAACCGAUUGAAGGUCAAGGGCGGCAAGAGGGCGCUUAAACGCAGCAAAUCGCAACGAAAACAAAUGAAACGAACCGGCAUGCGGAGUUUUCGGAGUUUGAAUUUUGGGAAUGUAUCAGAAGCCUAG